GAGCCUACAGGGGCUGCCCUUCCACGAUCACCGGUCGCUUUCCAGGCCACGGGAGUAGAAUGGCUCUUCGGUAACGGUCACGAAUCGCUUCAGCCGGCUAAACCACAACGCGUCUCCCUUCAGUUUCCACCAACAAGUGACGCCAGUCUGUUGUAUUCUAAGUUAACUCCAUAAUAAUCGCGAAAAUGACCCCCUGUGCUCCCAAAUAUACCCCAAAGUGAGUCUAAUACAUUUCAGGAUCUGAAAUACAGUGGAUCCAGUAUGACAACCACCAAUGAAAUGCUCCAGUGUAAUUAAAUAAUCAAGAGAUAUUCGGAGUUGUUCGUUCCGGUAGUGCCUGUGGAAUUAAUCAGCGUCAUUUGACAUUUCAGUUGUUACAAAGAGAUUUCCAUUAUCGAUUGUUACGUGAAAGAGGUGGAAAACGAAUAGAAAGUUCACUGGAAGGAUCCAUUAUUUUGAUUCCUCUCCCCAACAUGCACUAUACGCAGGGGUAAAUCAAGAGGCGCCAAAGGAACGACGCGCAGGGCAAAGGGGGAGUGAGUCAAUAACACGAAAAACGUAGUUAGAUAGUGUCUCUAAACAUUAUACAAUCUGAAUUUUUUCGUUUGUCGUUGAUAACUGUCAGGUUAUUUCGGCGAGAGUGUAAACUCCACCACGACCUUGUUUUUUAAUGCCACCGAUACUUCAAUAGUGAUAAACGAUUCUCUGAUAACCGUGCGAUAACAGACGUCAGUGAGAAAAGGAAUAAAUUUUAUAAAUAUAGCAAGACGCGAGAGGUGAACGGUAGCACAAUGUGUCUCGUGAGAUCGAUGAGGAAGUCUCGGACUCACAGUGCUCUGGGAAUAUUUCACUUCCCGGAAGGCGUAAUUCUGGCGUGAAAUAAAAAAAAGAAUAUAGAUCCUGUGAUUAAUGAAGUUUUUUUCAUUCUCGGGAAACUGAGAAUAAUAUUGAUUGAGAAAUUAUGACGGAUUUAUUGAUUGGAAUGGCCGGAAAUGGUUUUCACAACAGCAAUGGAACUCCAUCGAGCAAUGGUGAUGUCGUAUAUCGAACGAGAAAUCCAGGAAUUUACAGAAAUUCGGAGAUGAGACACUCGAGGAGUGAGGACAUACUGGGGGGUAGUGGAACAGGUGCACCAACGAGAACACCGAGUCCACUACUCCAUGAUCAGACGUGCGCCUCUGAGGAUGAUCUCGUGGCAUCCAGUGCACUCAGAGAUGCCUCGUCCACGUCGAAUCUACUGCAAGGGAGUCACAGCUUCUGUCCUUACAACAGGAGAGCCACUGCCUCACCUCCUCCAAAUUUUGCGACUGAUAGAAUUGACCCGGAGGACUCGAUUCGUGACAUUGUCAGUGAAAACGAUCUCUACAGAUUCGUGCUAUUUAAACGUCACUAUGACAAAUACAUCGCACUCUCGGAGAAAUACGAGGAGUCCCGUGGUAUCACAUACUACCUGGAGGAGCGUUAUCACGAGGUCAAGGCCGAGAAAGAUAGACUCGAGGAAACAACAAAAGCACUGGAGAAACGUCUUGAAGGCCGUGAGACAGAGUUACGUGACAAAGAGGAGGAAUUAUUUUUGCAUUUGGAACGUAGUCUACGUCUUGACGAUGAGAUUGAACGUCUCAAGACAGAGCGUGAUGCCUGUAAUGCAGCACGUGAGCAGUUGGAGAAAGAGCAGACCUCGGCGCUCCGUCAGUUACAGUUGCAAGCAACGCAGAAUGAAAUAACUAGGAGGAAUCUCGAGAGAGCGAGACAGGACGUCGUCAGGCAGGCGACCGUCAUUCGUGCUGAACGCGAUGCACUGGAACGCGAGAACGUCGUUUUGAAGGAAAAACUGAGAGUUGAGCAGGUGGAAUUGGGCGCUGAGAGACGGAGGAGGGAGGAGGGAAUAGCAGUAUUAACGCAUGAAGCAACAACUUUGAGGCAUGCAGCACGUCAUCUGCGUGCCGCUGCACUUCAUGCCACCUCCUGUCGUCGACGCAGAAGGUGCUCAGUAUGUUUGUACGCCAAACGUACAUUCGCUGAGGCUGACGAUUACCAGGAUGAUGGAAAAUUAUUCAAGUGUCUACAAGCACCACUACAAGAUCUACGAACUUGGCUACGACCGGGUCCGCUGCCCUCGACUUCCUCAUCCAGUGGAUUACGUACCAGCUCACCAAUGGACCGUGGAAUUAGUUACAUCGAUGACUCGUCAAGCAGCUCUGAGGAUGAGGAAUUUGCUGAUACACCAAUGGCUGAGGUCUCUCUGUCAAGUACAAAUUCUGGUGUACCACCAGCAUCGCGUGCAUUCUCAUCGGAUUCUGGGUAUGUGCCUGAUCCCAUGGCAUCAAAUGGUGCUACACCGAUAACACCAACGAGUUCGCCAAUAGAGCCUGAUUUUUCUUCGUGUAGUUUUUCAUCAGAAAUUGGCGAUCGGAGAUCACGUUCAUACGAGCCCGGUGGCAGUAGUCGCAAGAUCAGUGAGUCAACGAGCAGUGAGACUGAUACACAGAGAGCAGCAGCAUUUACGAGAUCCAAGUGGACAUCGUCUUUUCGCCGACUGCUUGGAAAGAAAUCCAAGGGCAAGCACAACGAGAAUAAAACAAAUUAAUAUUUUUCAUUUUUUGUAUUUUUGCAGAGAAACGGUGAAACGAUUUUUUUAGUUUUUAAUCCUUCUUGAGUAUCGCUUUUUUUUAAUGAUCUACAUUUACAAAGAACAAUCUUUGAAUUCUUCCUCUUGAAAGGACUGCUUUUCAACACAAAUGUGCAAUCAACAAGUGCUGAAUCUAACGGCCGAAACACGAGCUCGACAAUUUCGUUGUUGAUCGCAUUUUUCAAUGACUCGAACAAAAAUAGUGAUCUAAGAAGACGUCAGUUUGCCACUUCACUGAUAACAUUUUUUAUUUUCCCUUUUCGUCAAUUUGAGCAUUUUUGGGGGAGUUUCAAUUGGACAGAUUUUUUUACAUCGUUCAACAGUAAUACACUUAUUCAGGGUGCAAUUCACUUCUCGGGGUUUUAAAUAACCCAUAAGAACCAAAUUCAUUGAUACUGCCAGUUAAUCGGGGAUGAAUUUUAAUCCUAUGUUAUGCGCUAGUAGAAAUUCUCUAGGGGACAUAUGUAGCCUUCAUUAUCUUGCCGAAUGUACUUGCACACAGGAUGACUGACUCAUUUAAGAGUCACUCUAAGGUUUAAGACUGGUUUAGUUAUUAGUUAUUAAAACGUGUUCCAGAUACUUAGGGAUUUUAAUGCAAUUAAUGAUAAAUUCAGGUCAGUAGUUUGUGCUAAUUAAUAAUACUUGAGAUAUUUAAAAUUAUUAGAGAGGGUGGGAUUGAUUUUUAAGGAGGAAUUGACAAGAUUCUUUUCAUAAUUUAUUGAUUCCAUAUUUUACGAUAAAAUUCCCAAGGGUUUAUGAUACGUUGAGAUAUUUGAAUAUUAAACAAGUUGACUUUAAUUAUCAAGAUAUAUUAUUAUUGGGUUUGUUGAGGGCCCGUGAGAAUUGAUAUUUAUGUACAUAUUCAUAAUUUAUGUAUGUUCAAUCGACUGUGACGUGAAGAGUUCAUUCCAAUAUUUUAAAACAGGGUGCCAAAAAUGGAAUUAAUAAACUAGCACAAAUCAGGCACAAUUAUAUCGUAAAAUAGAUUGUAAUUACUGAAAUACACCGAGGUAAUUUGUCCGUCGAUAAAUAAUUAAUUAUGGAAUUAAAUGUAACUUGAGGUUCCUUGAAACGUAAAAUGCUCAGUCAAUAAAAAUCUCUGCCAUCCUCGACACUACGAGGAUGUUCCCAGAGGAUAGGUAUAUUGGCAAAUUUGUUUACAGAUUUAAAAACGAUCAAUAACGUACAUGUUUUUCGGUAUACAGCAAAAUGAGUGUUAACGAUGUUACUGUUAAUCGAUUAAUUAAGUAUCCACAAACUGAUGGGCAAAUUGUGUUAUCCCGUAUAGAAAAUAUCACUGUAACAUUGUAUUUUUAAUGAUGCAAAAGUGCGGGUAUUCUUGACAACAUUCCAUGAGAAAUUAUAUCUGAAAUAAAUGAAUAGUUAUGUCGAUGAUUUUCAAACGAA